UGGACGUUGUACAAACAAAUGUUUUCCGGGACUCUUUGGCUAGAAACCCUGGUGAUUGCAGCAACAUGCAACUUUUAAAGUAACAAGCACUCCUCAGCGACAAGCCUGCUCAGUUUAUUCAAGAUUUGGUUCAUAGAACUCAAGGCCCUUUGCCUUGGAAUUGGCUGUCACUGUUCUCCUGUCGACUUCUAAGUGUCAGAAAGUCUCUCAUAUGAACAGGGACAGACAAUUUAUGAUAAGCAUCCACUCUGUUUACUUGCGGAAACUGUGAUUUUAAAAUAGCAAGAUAUUUUUCGUACUCUAACUCAGAGUUACAAUGGUUCUUACUUAUGACAUUCCUUUAUAGAAAUCAUCUUGACUAAUUGUACAACUUUAGGGGAUCAUUUUGUAUCAAAGUAUUAGUCCGCCAUUGUAUCUAACAAUAUUUUGAAUCAAAUGCAUAGCAGUUUCUAGAAACGCAAAAACAAGUACAUGUACAUUAUUAUGAAGGUAAAGCUGUUCGUUCUAAAUGCCUGCAACAGUGCAAGACUUUUGGCAAUAAUUGAGUAGAGACCAAAUGCUUAGAACUAUUAUUAAAACUCAAGGUCUCUCAAAUGUCAUACUAUUUUGGUUUUGUUAGGAUGGACUUGCCCACAUCUAAUAAUUUGGGGCUUGUACAGUCCAGCCUGGUGUCACAAAUGCCACCAGUAAAAUGAGUCAAAAGUUGCCAGUGCCACUUAUGAGUUUAAGUUUGCACAUAUGUGACCCACUCUGCAAAAAGGUAUAUUAAGUCAUGCAAUGCAAACUUGCCUAAUGGCCCAUUCCAUGUGUCGAGGGUUAAAAUAUUUGGAAAUAUUUUGAGGCCAGUUGCUUGACCAGAAAGCCUCUGUUGCUAAGGAAAACCAGGAGAGUGUCUGUUGUGUCCACAAGUUUGCAUAGCGCCCUCUCUGUUGCUAAGGAAAACCAGGAGAGUGUCUGUUGUGUCCACAAGUUUGCAUAGCGCCCUCUUUGGGUUGACAUGGAAAAUGAAUGACGUAAUGUAACAUGGAGGUUGUGAGAUGAAUACAUGAGAAGAGUUCUGACUGAGCAGAAGUGCCUUGCGUUCCAUUUCGAAAUCUGCGUGGCCUCCAAGAGUCUGGACUUGAACGCCACUGCCAACCCAGCCCAGACUCCACGCCACAGCUACAGCUCAGGUACCCUAGCUGGCCUGAGCUCCCAGUCCCGCCUCAGCCUGUCUAGCCUGUCUCCUCUUGGUGGUGGGGCAGCUUCUCCAGCCUACCGGGGACUGCCUGGCCGGACGUUGGCCUCCCCAUUGGUGUUCUCUCGGCCACAAAGCCCGGCCUUGUCUGUCAUGGCAGCUCUUAGUCGUACACAGUCUCCAGCCACUAGCGCCCUGUACAGCCCAGCCUCCAGCAUGAUGUCCCCGGCCAGGACCGGCUGGUCCCCUGCUGGCAUGUCCAUGGCCUCCUUCCUGAAUACCACCUGUGGUGAGGUCAUCGAGCCCUUGGCACCUGACUUGUGCCUGGAGCACUGCUGGACUGAACCGCCCACAAGCAACAGGGAGGGAGUUCUUGGCAAAGCCACAAGAGUGUUCCUGACGACAGAUAUCUGCCAGCAGCACUUUCUGUGCUACCUGCUGCAGCACCGUAACCAGCUCAAGUGUGUCAAGUUUGGCCAGAGUAACGACCAGUCACAGCUCAUCUUUGGCACCAUCGCGACCCUCAUGGUCAAAGAUGCUGUGCCUCUGAAGAGUCUGGAUAUGAUGGUGGUGCUUGAUCUCAGCAACAGCUUGAUGCUCUACACCGGUCUCACCAAGAUCGGUAAGGUACACGUGCCUGGCAUUCUCCCUUCGUUGUCUUCCAGCUUGCCCCGCCCAAGCACUCCACUCGAUAGCCCUGCCCCAAUGACAUCUUCCCGACCUUCCAGCAGUGCCCAGGUCAUCAUGGAUGAGGUCGUGAUGCUGUCCCCAGUGCCAGGUUUCCUCGGGGAUUUGGGUGCCAAGCUGCAGGAGUCGGCCUGCAGCGAUGAGUUCCCAUUCCACCCUGGUGGCACCAGCAGCACUGGCCCCACCAGGCACAUAGUCGGUUUGAGGGACCCCGUGACCAAUCGGUUCACCUUGGAACUCACUGGAGGGACUAUGCUUCGCAUGAGCAUACCUGAAAUUGCAUCAUCCCCAGUUGUGCAAAAGUGUUUGAAUGCCAUCAAGUACGUAUUGCCUCGUGAUGGUGCCAUGCAGGUUGUAGCGAGGUGGUACAUCACCCACAAUGCACCUGGUGGUCCCAGUACCCAAUCAGAAUGGCUGGUGUUUGCCAAGUGCCUCUUGGGAAUGAUGGGAUACAACAUUGAGAAGCUGGCCAUCUUUCAGCAGCAAGAAACUGAUCCCCUGACAUCACCUGAGGUUGCAACCAAGAAACACAAAACUUCAGGAUUAGAUGAGGACUGGGAAUAUCUACUAGGCUCUAAUUACCACCAUGUAGCCUGUUCCACUCUCCUUGAGCCAAUUUGUGGAGCACAGCCUCAUGCUGCCAGUAUCCUCGGAGACAAGAGCCAGGCUAAAAUUGACACCGGUGCCCCACUGUUCAAAGACAUACCAACAGUUGUCUUUGCCCUGCAUCUUAUUUACGAGGAACUCAAGCUCACCAGGUUUCAUGCAGACAGUGCACAGGACUUGGCAACCAUUCUUUACCAAAUAACCAGUGACUUGAAUUGGACUGCAUAUGUAGACUACUACUACCGUAACCACCCUGAUCUCCACCACAUUGUAAGCCAACAGGUCAGCCAGAUAAGUCCCGAGUUGUGUGCCCAGAUCCAGCAGCCUGCCUAUUUCACUCCUAACCCUCCUAGUAUGUACCACUGGUUGCGUGGGCUACUUAUGGAUAUACCUCAAGAACCGUACCCAUACAUCGAUGGUAUUUGCACUGUCUCUCACAAGAUAAUGAUGCUUUACUCCCUGUACCUGAGUCAAGACUUCUCUAAGACAAGCUUCAGAAGGCUCUCAGUGGCAGGCCAACCCUGCAAGCUAUCGGACACUGCAACCAGACUUCAUGACUUCAGCCAGGCCCACCAGGACCUGAGCAGCACUGAGCAGACCGUACUCUUCAUGACAGACAUCGGCUUCACCUUGAAGGAUCUGGAGGCCCUCCCACUGGGUAUAGCCCUCCCACUCUCAGAAGCUAUCUACCAUUGCCGGGAGAAACCACCCUGCAAUUGGCCUGAGGCUGCUUACACACUGGUCAAGCGGCAGGACCUGUCUGCCCAGGCCAGGCUGCCCAGGGGAAAAAAGAGGAGAUACAUGGAAGCAUCUUCUGACAAGGAGUCCAAGCAGGAGGAUGAUGGGAUGGGCCACUUGGACCAAGAGCUAUUGCGUCUGCGCUUCCCAGAUGACCUUAGGGUGCAAGAGGUGCGGCGUCUGCUCCAGUCCUCCAAGCCAGUCCGCAUUGCCCUGGUCCAAAAGCCUGAAGUCAGUGAUCAUGAGUUCAUUGAAGAGCAAGAAAUGAGAUUGUUGGUGGUGUCACAGAGAACCAUGGCCCUGCCAAUUGGAAGGGGGAUGUUUACUUUGUGCACUUCCCACCCUGUCGUCACAGAGAUGUUGCCAAUACCCAAGCUGAACCUCUCUGGUCGAGCUCCUCCAAGGAAUAAUGCAAUAUCCUUCCUGCACAUUGAUGUCCCCACCAACAUGAGCUCCUGGCCCUCAUUCCACAACGGUGUGGCUGCUGGACUGAAGAUAGCCCCUGGCUGCUCACAGAUCGACUCGACAUGGAUUGUGUACAAUAAGCCAGCCGGGUCAGAGCUCACCAAUGAGCAUGCAGGGUUUCUGAUGGCCUUGGGACUGAAUGGACACCUGUCCAGCCUGUCUACCCUCAAGGUGCAUGACUACCUCUGCAAGGGACAUGAGAUGACCAGUGUUGGACUUCUCCUUGGGUUGGCAGCUGCAAAGGCCCAAAGGGCAAUGGCUGCGAGGCCCGGGAUGGGCAAAUCAUCCUCGAAGGAGAGGUAUUCUGCGAGAAGGGACAGGAAGGCUGUACAACGUAGGCCGUGUCGAGAGGCUACGUCGAGUCUGGUUAGGAUAGACUCCAGCUCGGCUGAAGGGAGGUCCGGGACGGAGAGAAAGUCCACAGUGUCCGACUAGGUGAAAUGAAAGUAGUUCUGAGCCUGACCCAGAAAGGGACACCAAUUCUUGGCGGAGGUGAGAACCUUGAAUGUCUCCACACAAGAGUGGUCCAGUGGGAUGACUGGGAAGAUAGGCGGUUUUGUCUUCCAUCUAUCCGCAUGAUGCUUGAAGGGUGAGACCUAGACUUGAAAUCAAGUCGUUGGUCAGUUUGAUUAGUGCAAAUUUUUUUUCAUAUCUUGCGUUAAUAUCCCUUUUAAUACGACGCUUAAAAACAAAGUAUACAUAGAUAUUCAAGAAAAAAUCUAGUAAUUAUCUUUCUUGAUAAAAAAAACUGAUGCUUUUAUGGUAAAUCAUCUUUUUAGAAUAAUGUAAACACCCUCUUCAAUGAACGAGACUGUGGUUGUUGCUAGUUAACGUUCAAACUGUCCCUAAAAUAAAUAUUCAUAUAAUUGGGAUUCUUAGCCAAUCAGAGUGCUCUGUCUGAUUGUGGUAGCAAGUGUGGAAGGGAGAUUUGAAUGUGGUUUUUUUGCAUGACACUUUUUCUUUUACAAGCUUCCUUAGUUUAGUCAGCAACUUGUCUGGUACCCUGUAUCACCUUAUAGUUUAGCAUUGCUCAUCGAGCUUCUUGCAGUUAAUUGUUCAGACUGGUGCGUGCUACUGAAGAGUGAGCAUUACCACUCACAGCUCUCUUCAGCCUUCCCACAUUUGCACUUUUCUGCUCUUGUCACCAGUUGCAGCUGGUCACUCGAGUAAUCCACUUGUGGCACUGUGUUGGGUUAUUAUCAUAUUUCUAUUUUUUUUCAUUUUUUUAACUUUGUCCUGACCUUCCAAAUAAAUCGCGACCCAGUCUUCCUGA